GUCGAACCAAAUUGUGUAGCAUUUGUCACAGUGACAGCGAAAUUGGGUUCAACCAGUAUACUUGUUUGAAAAACUCUCAAUUUUUUUGUCAUUAUUCCGAAAGAACAUUCUAUGUGUUGUCGAGCUCUUGAUAACCUAUAAUUAAAAAUCCUCCUGUCGUCGUUUAAUGACCUGCCCGGAAAAGGUCGUAACAAAUUUGGAUGUAACGCGAAAGCUUCAUCGGCGACGAAAACAUAUGGAAGAGGAACGCCGUUAUCAUCACCAGGUACUAAUGUUGGWUUUGGUUUGGAUUACUUAAAUUGAAGACCAAUGGCACUCACAAAUAAAUUAUUAUUGAGUCAAGUAGCUGGUUAUACCAUUGCAGCAAUUCUUUCAUUAUGCAUCAUCAUACCAAUGAGUCUUCAUCAAGAUGAAUUUAAAGGACACUGUCUUUUGUUCUCUUCUGGYCAAUGGCUCGAGAAGAAUGGUCAAUUUUUAGUGAAUUGGGCAUCUCAAGCUUAUUGUAACUAUUCAAUUUUUGUUGGAGUCYUGCUGUUAGUUAUAUCAUCAAUACAGACCUAUAGGAUGUCAAUUUUUGCUUAUAAAGGAACUGACAGUUCUUUUUUAUUGACAUUUAUUGAUGCCAUUACAUGUGUACUUAUGUGUAUAUUUACAAUCAAUGCUGCUCUGAUGAUAACAUUUGGAUUUAUGACUUGGUGUAAUGACAUGAUUGAAAGAUUUCCAUCGUGUGAAAUGGCUGCUGGAAAUCCUAUUGAUAUUCAAGAUGGAAUCGAUACAUCUGGUUUUUACUUUCAACUUGGAGUAGCUCAGUUUGGUAUAUGGGCUUCAUGGUCUUGCUGGGUUGGUUUGACAGUUUGCACUAUGUGUAAACUUUGUUAUUAUCAUCAAAUGAGUAAUAUGAAAGCUUCAAUGUUACGAGAAAGACAGAAGCUUAUUGAUGAAGGUAUGGCUGCACCCACCCGAGUGACUCCAUAUACUACUCAAACAGAUAGUACUUCAGAUGAAAGUAAUAAUUCUAAAAUUGAAUCACAACCAUCAAAAUCUAUUAAUGACAAAAAUAUUAAAUAGUUCAUUAUAUUAAAAUUAUAAGUGUAAUUUAUUUUUUAUUUCAUUAAAUUAA